AUGGGGGCGGCGCCGCUGCCCCGACGCGAGAAGUCUCUGCUCCUCCUUGCAGGUUCCAAAGAUGGAAGCAUCCAAGAGGUGAACGUGAGCCCGUGUCCCACGCAGCCGUGCCAGCUCCACAAGGGGACAUCCUACAGCAUCAACGUUACCUUCUCCAGCAAAAUCGAGAGCCAGGGCAGCCAAGCAAAGGUGUAUGGGGAGAUGCUGCAUGUGGACAUACCCUUUCCCAUUCCUGAACCUGACGGAUGCAAGUCUGGGAUCCAGUGCCCCAUUCAGAAGGGCCAUUCCUACAGCUACCUGAACAAACUCCCCGUGAAGAGCGAGUACCCCAGUAUUAAGCUGAUUGUGAAGUGGGUMCUAGUAGAUGAUCAAGACCAGAUGCUGUUCUGUUGGAAGAUACCGGUGCAGAUCACCAGCUGAGAAGCCCUAGCUAGCAGGGCUCGGGGAGGGGAGAAACAGAGAGAAGAUGACACAGACCAAAUUCUUUUAUAUAAUAAGCAUUUCUUACUGCUUCCUUGAGAGCUCUACAGCCUYGGAGCAGCCACUACUGUAUUCCUGCAAGGUCAGCGGUGGGCA